AUGUUUGGCCGACGACAGCGUCUGAAACUCGGCCAAAAGCCUGGCCUGCCGAUCAGGACUCCAGAACCGGCGAGAAGAAGCGUCAUAUCACGUGAUGGGAUAUUCGCUCACGUGCGUGUGGCCCUCUUGCAACAACAACCAAACCCAAGUGCCGCCGGUGCGGAUUACGAGGCAAUGAGUUCGCCGGUGAAGCAGGUUCCGCUUGCGCCUGCUAGUGAUGAUGAACCACGACCCUCACACCCUACGACGCGGGCGUUUUUCUGUGGAGUUGUAGUAGAAGGUGCUGGCGAGGGAGAGCUUGCUCAAGAUGUCCAAGAGCUCGUCGCAUCUUUGGGAGAACCGAUGCCAGUACAAGAUAUGCCCUAUCUCCCUCGAUCAGCCAGCACUCCCGGCUCAAGCUCGCUAUCAGCUCUAUCUGAAGCCCCGUCCUCGACACCCAUGACCCGCUCCGCCUCUGCAGAUGCCGCGGUACUGUCUGAAGUUGUUACAGAACUAGUCACCACUGAACGAAGCUAUCUCAAGCGUUUAUCCAUGCUGAAAUCCUCAUAUGCCGACCCAUUACGUUCAUUCGCAAAGACCAAAGACACGUCUAUCAUCGAUGCUUACGCCGCCAAAACAUUAUUUGGCAAUGUCGACCAAUUAAUCCCCGUCUCGGAGGCUUUCCUCGCCGAUCUCGAGAUUAUGCUCUCAGGACAAGGACUUGGGGUUGGGGAUGUUGUAAUCAAACAUUUCCGCGACCUCCGCGCAUUCGACUGCUACAAGCAGUAUUAUACCAAGCGCGAGGAGGCCCAGCAAAUAUUCGAGCGAGAGGUCUCAAAGAAAUCGAGUACGGGAUUCGCUAGCUAUAUUGAUCGAAUCAAAUAUUCUACGUCCGAUCCGAAGAAUCGCGUCGGGCUUCGCGAGCUCCUAAUGGAGCCGGUUCAGCGUAUACCCCGUUAUACCCUCUUAUUUAGAACGAUGAUAAAGCACAUGCCUACUUCUAACCCUCAGCGCGCACUCAUAAUGGAAGCCGACGGAAUUGCUUCCCAAAUAGCCCUUGCGGAAACGGAUGAUCCAACGCGUCGAGCGGCCGUGAUGCAUUGUCUGGAGCGGAGCGUCGAGAACUUCCCCCCUGGGUUAAUUUCGAGUACCCGGAUGUUGGUAGAUUGCAUCGAUGUAGCAGACAUGCUGGGGGAUUCAUUUGGACGAGGUGGUGGAAGCACCCGAGGCGGGCACGGUACGCACGGACGAGGAGCCAAACAAGGUGGGGGAGGAUCCCUUGAUAUGUUACAAGCAACGUUAUUCCUAUUCGACGACAAACUUAUGAUAUGCAAACGUAAUCCUUCAUCUUCGGCACCCGGAAGGAUAUUAGCUGGUUUAGAUGAGACGGAAAAAGUAGCCAAAGUUGGGUUGGGACUUGGGCUCGGAUUUCGCAAGGCCCUUGGGGGGUCAAGUGUAUCGAAACCGGGUGGGCUAGGAGGCGGAAGUUGGGGAUUAAGUUGUCGGGGUGUCAUUGACGUUGGUGAUGUAGUCGCGACAGACGUCGGAGGGGCUGAUUUACACAUGUAUCUGGAGGACCCUCCACGGGAUCAACCCGACCGCUGGUCCGGGCGGCCGUUCCGGGCAAUGACUGCGCUGGCUCUCACUCCCCAAUCCCUAUCUGUUCCCGCCGAUCCUUUUGCUCGACCCAGAAUAGAUUCGUCACCCGAACAAGCCAAGGCACGGUUCCUGGAGAAUUUGUGGGCCGUUCAAGCGCGCUUGCGCACGCGACUUGGUCGGAGUGUCGUGCUGUAUGGUGGGGAGCGCGAAGUCGGAAUGGCUACCCUGGCGCGGACAUGGUGGAAUCUGUAUUCCAGGACUGCUUAUUUGAGCGAGACGAAGAAACCCAAAGUCAUGGUUCAUAUUGAUGCCGAGGGGACUGCUGACCCCUUGCCUUUUGGAAUGGCGGGUGCGCCUCCUUAUGUCGUCAUUCGGGUUCAGCCUCUGGCAGGAGAGCUUUGUCGAUUCGCGGUCUCAUCGUGUAAUGAAGAGGAUGAACGGGAGGAGGAUAUUGUGCAUACACCUAGUGUCCCUGGCAGAAUUGUGCAAACCAUUCACCAUUACGGGUUAUUCAAAUUCCGUACGGGACAUGCUUCUGCUCCCGGGACCCCCACACGCCCUCGUACUGCACUCUUCUCCUUGGAUACACUCUCGUUCGGAUCGAUGACGAUGUCUGGGCGCCGGGCGCGCAGCCGAAGCGUCGCUUCACGCAACUCGACUCUGUUCUCCAGCGGAAGCGGUUCGACCAGUACGACAAGCGAAGAGGGGGCAAGCAUGGGUCGUAAGUUUAUGAAGCGCAGCUGGAGUCCUGGCCCCGGAGUGGGUAUGACUCUCCCAGAGGGCGAAAGUAUUGGACCGGCGGGCAGCAGUACAGGCUACAGCAUCAGCGGUCGGUCUUCCCCUCUCAAGGGUCGUGUGCUACCCGACGAGGACUAUGAUGCUUGUACAUGGGACGAUCUUGGGGAAGAAGCCGAUGAAAUGGAUGUCGACGUCGGAGCGGAGGUGGAGCUUGACCCUGACACCUCAGAGUAUGACUUGACGAUGAGGCUGGCGCUUGCUCGACAAAAUAGCAAAAGCCAGGAGGGCAAAGUUAAAGCCAGCGACAAAGAUGCUCCCGAACUUCCGCCUCUUCCCGCUUUUAGCAGACCCGCCUCUCCAACAAAGACCCGUGAUAUUGAGAGUGAUGUAGCCACAGUUUCCACCACUCGACCUCGUAACAUUGAACGCCGACCUCUGGGUCCAAGAUCACUUGCACCCAAGAGUCCUGAUAUGCGAGCAGCGGGUAUCGAUCUUGACCGAGCCAUGAGCCCAGUUGGGUUAGACCGGGCUAAAACGCCGGCUGAGAUCGAACGGGCUAUGAGUCCUAGCACAUUGGCUCGAACCGGCGGCGUCAUUGCCCGCGCAAAGAGUCCAAUCGAAGCAGAACAGGCAAGAAUCGAUCGCGCAAUUAUUGCUGGACCGCGACCCAUCAGUCCCGGUCCUGGUCGCGCACUAGCUAGUAGACCAGUCACUGUGAUCGGUCUCAUCCGCGCUCCCAUAGCGCGAAAACCUGUGCCCAUUCUUUCUAGAGCCACGACCUCCCGAACGUUCAGCCCUCCACCUGUUGUGCACGCAUCCAGCCCACCUACUGGACAUGCUGGCCCAGAAGCUCGAGCGGCUAGUCCUGUUUCUGUUGUACGUACAUCAAGUCUCAUUUCCGAACGCUCGGACUCCUCUGCCCCUAUUGAACGUCGAGCACCAACCCCCUUGGCCUGGGGAAGUGAUCGACGAGACGAGUCAGAUGAGGAUGAACGUCUGUGCACGCCUGGAGAUGGUGUAGUUUUGGGCACUCCUGCGCCCGCUACCACUCUGCGUACUGAUGUGGCGGGAAGUACCCCGAUCCCGUUCACUUCUGGCAAGAGACGUGUGCCAUUCGAGUCGGCAGCGAACGCCCCAGUGCUUGACAGCGAUGCCCAAGCCACACCGAAAUCUACCGCUGGUGGGAGCACCAUUGCACCGCUUUCUAUUCAAAAGAAGACGUCGUUGCGCGAAACCCCGAUCGCUACUCGCAAGGCGCGAGGGUCACCCACCAGCAGAGUGCCAGCGCGACAUGGCAGUCUUGUUCGUAUGGAGUCCAACCCGGAGUCGAUUAUGAACGAGAACAACAGGGCGAGCACAAGCUCAGAGGCAGCUAGCACAAGCGCGGCAGCAACAAGUGCGAGCACCCCACCAGCAAGUACGGGUACUCCACCAGCAAGUGCAAGCACUCUGACGGCGACACCCAGUGCGAGUGCAACAGCAUCGGGUGAUUUUGCACAAUUGUCCAAGCAGUUGUCUAUUACCGCCGAGGCAACCAAGGAAGAUCUUCUGUCGUCUCGUCGAGCUGUCAAGCGCAUCAAGAUGGAGUUGGAGUCUAUCUCGCGUUCGGCUGGUUUACAAUCUCGUCCUGGGCUUGAACGCACCGGGAGCCUUGUGCGCUCGCCUAACAGUCGCAAUAUUGCCGGCAAAACUGAUAACCGCUUCGACAACUUGCCAAGCAUCGUCAAUCGCCGAGCCAUGUUUGAGGCCAUCGCAGAGAACACUUCCAAGCUGUCUGGCAGCGCAUCAGACCCUGCCUUGCCCGAAGGGUGGAGCAAGAGUAUCGAGAGUGUCAUCAGCGAGGCGGAGCGGCACUUGAUACACGCCGAGGCAAAGCACGACCGUUUGAUUGAACAAAUUCAGGAGCUCCAAGCUGCCCCACCUACGACCCCGACGAGUAGCACUGAUGUGGAGAGGCUCAAGACCGAGGUUCAGCGUGCCAAAGGGCAGUGUGAACUUGUGAAGAAACUCCUAGCCGAUGCUACCGCCGAGAAGGAGAUCAUGUACGAGACCUUCAACGAAGAGCUAGAUGCUAUGUAUGCAGACAGCAGUCUGCGAGACGACGAAGCGCUAGUCGCUAUGGCGCAUGACCUCCGCAAAUCCAAGGCCGCUAGGAACGACUUGGCCAAGGAGAACGCUCAACUCAAACGGAAACUGGCCGAGAUGGAGUUUGAGAAGCAAUAUUACGAAGACAUGCUUCGCCGACAUGGUUUGAUAUCAUGA